GUGAAACGCUGCAGCACAAAUCGCGGUGGCGUGGGGAGAACAAUUCUGUUUGCCCAAUUUUACGGACGAUUUUUGUAAAAUAAAACAUGCAAAAAAUGGCAAAGAAUAAAUCGACGGUGUACCUAGGCUACGAGGAUGAGGAAAUUACAGCUAAACAGGCUGCAUUCCUUAAUAGCUGCACAAAUAAAAUAGGUGGAACUCCUAAUUGGCCGCGACAUGAAGUCACAGUGCCCGCCUGUCCCCUCUGCGGCAUGGUGCGUCCCUUGAUCGUCCAGAUGUAUGCACCCCUGGACCGUUCGCAGUUCCAUCGCAAUCUCUAUGUGUUUGCCUGCUUGAGUCCAGCCUGCUCGCCCAACCAGAAGAGCUGGGUCUGUGUGCGCACCCAGCAUCUGGACAAUCAGUUCGAUGUCAUCAGUGAGCAGCAGUCGCCCAAGUUGCCUAAUAAGCAAACCAAGAAGAAGAACAAGUCAAGUGCUCCUCAGAAGAUUAAUUGGUGCAGUGGCGCCGAUGAUUGGGGUAGUUGGGGAGAGCCAGAGAUCGCCAUGGACGAGGCCAUGGAUCUGACGGCGGACGAUGAGCAGAACGAACGAAAUGGCAACCUGCGGCCCAAUGUGCUGCAGUACGUCAAUACGGAGGAGGAUUGCGAUGGCGAUGCGGUGGGCAAAGUGGCCGAGGAGGAUGACGAUGAUGAAAGUACCUCUGUGGAGAAUGAUUUGGCCUGUGGCUUCGGUCAAAUCGAUAUGAAUUCGCCCGAGAAUUCGGCCGAAGAUCCAAAUGCCAAUUGUGCAGCUGCUGUUGUGGCCACAGCAAGUGCAGAUGGAGCUGGUGCUGGAGCGGGAGCCACAGCAACUAUUUGCGCUGAGAUCGAGGGACCCGAGACGGAUGUGGUGCUAGUCGAUACACCAAAGAAGCCGGAACGCGAUCUAAUUGCACUACUCAAGCAUACCUCAUUGCCGGCGACUCUGGGACCGCUCUCCCAGAUCAAGGACCUCACACUUAAGUCAAUUUACAUAGCGGUGGAUGUGGAGCCGAGUGGCAAGCAGGAGGAGUACGAGAACUAUGGAGGCCUGCUGUCCAUGGAUCACAUACGCGAUCUGUAUCAGGAGUAUAAGCUGCAGGAUGAGAAUCCAGCGCGUUCGCCUGUGGCUGCCGCAUCGGGAGCUGCUGCGGGCGGCGGCGAUGCUAGCGACGAGCAGGAGGCGUAUGAGAAGGCGUUGCCUGCCCAUGGUGAUGUUGUGUUCCACAACUUUAUUACAACCAUACAGCAGAAUCCAGGACAACUACUAAGAUACUCUCGAGAUGCAAAUCCGCUGCUGGUGGCGCCACUCGCUGAGCCGCUGCCCAAGUGCCAGAACUGCAAGGGCGAAACCAUCUGCGAGGUGCAGUUGCUGCCCACGUUGAUACCGAAGCUGCGCUUUCAACAGAACUCCUGCAAUGCGCCCAUCGAGUACGGCAAUGUCCUGGUUUUCACUUGCCUCAAGAGCUGCUGGGAUACGCCCGAUCAGAUGCGCUACGAGCACGUUGUUGUCCAGUCCGAAACAUAAGAUAAAUGUAUAGUAUGUAUACUAUAUAACAUAGAAUAUUUGAAAA